AUGUCGGCCUCGAAGCUCUCUGAACGCGGUAGCCAUGCAAGUACAACGGGAGCCAAAGACUUCGAAAUAUGGGACAUAAUCACGAAUAUGUGGGACCCAAAGACGAACCCUGAAGGCUAUGUGUCUCUCGGUCUUGCAGAGAACAGCCUGAUGCACAACGAACUAUCGGACUUUCUGAACUCAAAACGACUAGUCGAUGACACAGCCCAGGGACUCACCUACGGGGACGGCCCACAAGGGUCUAAGCGGGUCAAAGCUGCAAUCGCGUCAUUCUUGAGCACCCAUUUGCGCUCGAUACGGGAGCUGAAGCCUGACAACAUCUUCAUCACGAACGGAGUUUCAUCAGCGAUCGAGCAUUGCGCCUGGACUCUCGCUAACCCCGGGGAGGGUAUCUUACUUGGACGCCCAUACUAUCGCGCAUUCCUACCAGAUAUAGGUAUGAGGACAGGAGUCCAAAUUGUUCCGGUAGCAUUCGGAGACGUCGAUCCCUGUAACUCAGACUGUGUGGGAAAGUACGAAGAAGCGCUGCUGAGAUCGAACGAACAGGGUGUGCCGGUUCGAGCACUCAUGUUGUGUCACCCACAUAAUCCUCUCGGACGAUGCUAUCCAAGAGAUACAAUCAUUGGGCUAAUGAAACUGUGUGAGAAGUACCAGAUUCACCUUAUCAGCGACGAGAUCUACGCACUUUCCAUAUGGAAGAAUACCAUUGACGACAUAGCUCACGCACGCGCCGGUUUUGAAUCCGUUUUGUCAAUCAGUGGCAAGGACAUCAUCGAUCCUUCGCUGGUUCAUGUUCUGUGGGGUGUGUCAAAAGACUUUGGCGCAAAUGGAAUAAGGCUGGGUGCCGUCAUCUCACAGUCGAACCCAGCUUUUCUUGAUGCAUUGCGAACAUGCAGCCUAUACUCCUCAGCGUCAUCUCUCACAGAAAACGCUGUUGUGCACCUUUUAUCCGAUACGUCAUUUGUCGAGAGCUACAUCGCGACAAACCAAGCGCGUCUCUCGGCUGCAUAUGAACAAACUGUUCGUGCUCUUCGAGCGCAUGGCAUUGAACACAUGCCUGGUGCCAAUGCCGCUUUCUUUCUAUGGAUCAAUCUGGGUAAAUUUGUGCGCAAGAAGACAUUUUUAGGAGAGGAAGAGAUGCGGGUAUACUCGAGGCCAGAAAGCACACAGAUAAUCCAAGACCGGUUACGGGCGAGAAAGGUAUACCUGGUUCCUGGGGACGCCGUAGGUGCAGAAGAGCCAGGCUGGUUCCGCAUGGUCUUUACUCAACGGGAAGAACUAAUAACUGAAUGCAUUCGGCGCAUCGUCGACGCAUUGGGGUAA